GGUCGGCCUGAUUCCAAACCACCGGUCUUCGGCUUCUGCAGUCAGUAUCGCCGGUGAGCUGACAGGUGCAAAACCGCCGAGUGCUAACAGUUCUUCGCCGGUCCGCGCGAUGGUCGUGUGUCAGUGCAAGGGGUUGCUGAAACCCCUUCGAAACAUGUGCAAUUUUCCAUUGACUUAUUUUAUUUUGGGAGUAAUUCUCGUGACGAACGGAAUUUCCGCCGAAGAGAAACUCGGAUGCCGCUUUCCCGGCGCCCCGGCGCACUCGUCGGUGGUGUUCUCCGACGAGAACCUCGGCCCCGGAGCCGUGGCCACCUACUCCUGCGAGCGGGGCUUCGAACUCCUGGGGCCCUCCAGACGCGUGUGCGAACACGGGCAGUGGCUGCCCGAAGGAAUCCCGUUUUGUGUUUUGAACGUGGCUGCUGGGAAGGCCCCCAUGCAAGUGAGCACAGAGUCCGGGGGAAUCCCUCAGAAGGCCAUCGAUGGGAGCACAAGCGCGUUUUUCAACGCCGACACCUGCACCCUCACCAAAGCUGAACGCACUCCCUGGUGGUACGUUAACCUCCUGGAGCCCUACAUGGUCCAGUUGGUGAGACUGGAUUUCGGAAAACCCUGCUGCGGAGCGAACAAACCUGCCACAAUCGUCGUCCGCGUGGGCAACAACCGGCCCGACUUGGGCACCAACCCCAUCUGCAACCGCUUCACCGGCUUCCUGGAAGAGGGCCAACCCCUCUUCCUGCCCUGCAACCCCCCCAUGCCGGGCGCCUUCGUCAGCGUGCACCUGGAAGUGCCCGUGGCCAGCCAGCUCUCCAUCUGCGAAGCCUUCGUCUACACCGACCAGGCCCUGCCUAUUGAACGCUGCCCCCAGUUCAGGGACCAGCCCCCGGGCAGCACCGCCACCUACAACGGCAAAUGCUACAUUUUCUACAACCGACAGCCCAUGAAAUUCAGGGACGCUUUGACCUUUUGCAGAAGUCGGGGCGGGACGUUGGUUGACGAAAGCAAUCCGGCUUUGCAAGGGUUCAUCAGUUGGGAGUUGUGGCGGCGGCACAGGAGCGACGCCAGUGGGCAGUACUGGAUGGGGGCGGUCAGGGACAAGCAGCAAGGGGGCUGGCAGUGGCUGAAAGGAGAGGAGGUGACCGUUUCCUUCUGGAACCUCCCGGUUGGAAACGGGGACUGUGCCAGGUAUGACGGCACCAAAGGCUGGCUCUGGUCGGACACCGACUGCAACAUGCAUCUGAACUACAUCUGUCAGCAUCAGCCUAAAGCUUGUGGAAGGCCGGAGCAACCGCCGAAUUCGACCAUGUUGGCCCAGAACUACAACGUGGGCACCACCAUUGAGUACAUCUGUGACGAGGGCCACCUCCUGGUGGGCCCCACGACACGAACAUGUCUCGAUACAGGGUUCUAUAACGAGUUCCCCCCUGUCUGCAAAAGGAUCCAGUGCGGGUACCCUGCUGAUAUAGCCAACGGAGAGUACCUCCUGGUUAAUGACAGUGUCGGUUAUCUGAGCCGAGUUGUGUACACGUGUGAUGAAGGCUAUGAGAUGAUUGGAAGGGCACAGCUUGCCUGCGAUAUUGACGAAAGGUGGAAUGGGCCACCACCACGUUGUGAACCUGUCCAGUGCGAACCGCCCCUUGAGAUUGAAAAUGGGAAAUUUGAAUCGGCGACCAAUGAAACACUUUUCGGUUCGGUUGUUGAGUAUAAGUGCAAAUUUGGGUUUAGGUUGAUAGGGCCGAAGGCGAUCACGUGUUUGGCGAAUGGACAGUAUGAUGCUCUGCCUCCCAAAUGUGAAGCUGAAGUCCUGGCCUCCACCACCUCACCCCCCUCGAUCUCCCGCACCCCCUCGCGAACAACUCCCCGCAUCCGCACGCGCCCCCCGCGACCAUCCCCCACGACCAUCCGCGCCGACACCGACAGCUCCCGCCUCCCGAACAAAACGCGCCCAACAACCACCCCUUCAAGCCGCACGCCCAGCUCUUCCUCCGUGCCCCAGAUCAUCGUCGCCGGCCACCCCCAGGACAACGAGAUCGCCGGCAGCUCCAACAUCCAGCACGGCGAAGUGCCCAACGUGAACAUCCCGCUGUCCGUGGACGGCGAGCGGCGCGAGACCUUCGGCGCCAAACUCAACCUCGGCGCCGUCAUCGCCCUCGGCGCCUUCGGAGGGUUCGUCUUCCUGGCGGCCAUCAUCACCACCAUCGUGAUCUUAGUGCGAAGAAAUCGAAGUGCCAAACAUUACCGUCACCGUGCCUCCCCCGACUGCAACACCGUGGCCUCGUUCGACUCCUCCAGCUCGGAAUCGCGCAACGGCUUGAACCGCUACUACCGCCAAGCUUGGGAAAACCUGCACGAGUCCGCCGGCAGCAAAGCCGGCCUGAAGGCCGCCAGUUCGAACCACUCGCCCCUUAAACGCAAGGAGACGCUCGACGAGCCCUACCGGAACGGCGAGCGCCACCGGGACGGCUCCGAGCUGGUCGUGACCGAAGCUUUCAGCGGCAACAAGGCCGCCGAGAAGAAGCGCCACCACCAUCACCACCACCACCACGACGGGCGCCAGCACAAGGACGGGAGGGAGUGGCGCGACCCCAAGCCGCCCCUGCACCGCGACCAGAAGAGAUAUUGACAACCUUGUAUGAUUAUAACAGUACAAUUGGACGCCUAGGGAAUUUUAAAUUAUUUAUUUAUUGCUAACUGGGAUGUGAAGCGAGCUGAUGGUUUUAACCAAAUGUGGGUUUGGAGAAAGGACUCGUUGGUGGCUAUUUGAGGGUCGCAAGUGGCCUUUGAAUAUUCUUAACUAGUGUAAAUAAUUAGCAGCAGGAGCGCAGAAGGAUGAUGGUUGAAUUCCUUGGCCUUACUUUACGAGUCAAUUGUUUUAGCUUAAAGUUUUAUUUAAAGUAAGGCUAAUGUGAUUCACAGUACAAAAGUGAAGAGCAAUGGACGACUGAUUCGUAUAUCUGUGUAUAAAAAUGUAGUUCUCCCUGAUUUAUGAUUUUAAACUUAGUUUAAGGUAACUUAUUAGGGAAGGUAACCACUUAGUGCCAUUGGAUUAGGCAACUGUAAAAUUCUACGCAAAAACAUACCUAGGACUUUAUGGCAGCAUGAGUAUUUUAUGCAUCAUACCCAAAAAGAUAGCAAUAAGUACCUAUAAUUAGCGUCGUAUGUAAGAUAAAUGUAUCAUGUAAUAUACAAAUUCAAAUAUAAUUUUUCUGAAAAAAAUAGAUAA